AUGACUUUCCGGGAUGAACCCAUGAUCCAUGCAUCCUUAUGCCGGUGUGAUCAUCAUCUCCCAGAUGGCCAUACCCAUUUGAGUUCAGAUGAGACUAGUCUGGAAGAAGGAGUAUCGUCGGAGCCACAGACCCCUCGCCUCUGGGAUGUUCGCAUACAUCCCAUGCUCUGUACAACGCUUCAUGACGCCCAGCCAUUAUCGGCGAGGAUAGUAUCCGCCGGACGGAGUGGCCAUUCGCAUUCACGGCCUCACAGCGGCGUACCCCAGCCUAAUGACGAAGCUACCUUUCAAAGCUCCCCACUGACGCGUCCUCAUUCUUCGCUCCCAGAGACAUUACGACAUCCUACCCACUCCAAUCCAUCACCCUCCAUCCCCGUUUCAGACCGGGACAAGCUAGAAGUAACCUUCCUCGUCGCCAUGCCUAACAAAUUCAGAUCAAGCCAUUUCUCACCCGACUCGUCGAACCCUGUGUACCUGGAUUCGGAGGGGAAUGACGACGAUAGCCCAUCGUUCGCUCUAGGGACAGCAGAGGCCGUUUGGGACGGAAAGAAUGGGCACUUCGUCGAGUUAGAACAUUGUUGA